AUGGAAUCAACCUCUGCAAUGCGUCUACCGAUUGUCAUCUUUGUGGCUCUCGGUAGUCUCAGCUAUGGCUAUGCAUCCAGCAUCAUUGCUACAACGCUGGGUCAGCCGACAUUCUUGAGCUACUUCGCCUUAGACUCGAGACCCAAUGCGAAUGAUCUUAUGGGGGCUAUCAACGGAUUGUUCCAAGCUGGAGGCUUUCUAGGAACCUUGAGCUGUUAUGCAAUUGCAGACUCCCUUGGUCGUCGAAAGGCCAUCCUGACUGCCGCGCUGAUAUCGACCAUCGGUGGAGCCCUUCAGGCCGGAAGCGUCAACAUCGCCAUGUUCAUUGCAUCGCGUUUCAUCACUGGUAUAGGCAUAGGCAAGUUAGCGGAUGUGUUGAGGAGUGAGAUGUCGCCAUCGCAUAUUCGCGGGCUCCUCGUCGGUAUCCACGGUGGCAUGAUUGGCACAGGCUAUGCCCUGGCAAGCUAUGUCGGUUUGGGAUUCUACUUCGUCAAAGCUUCCGGUGCCCAGUGGCGUAUACCUCUGGCUAUUCAGUGCUUGCCUUCGCUCUUGCUCGCAGUAGGCAUCCUGUUUCUGCGAGAAACUCCCCGCUGGCUAAUUCUAGUGAAUCGCAUUGACGAAGCCCGCGACUCGUUUAAUUAUACGCGGCUUGGAAGACGUGGUGGCACGACUUCUGACGAGGAAACUACCGAUGCAGAUUUCGAGACUUUGCGUAGACAGACCAUCUGCGAGACAGAGCAAAACAUUACGUUCCUUGAUCUACUCAAGACGCCUUCAAUGAGAAAGAGAUGCAUUACUGGGUUUCUCACCACCUUUGGUUGUCAAGCCACAGCGACCAUAGUUAUCAACAACUAUGGCCCUUUGUUGUAUGCUAGUCUGGGGUUCAACACCGUCCAGCAGCUUCUCAUCCAGUGCGGCUGGAUUACCGUGGCUCCUUUCGGCAACUUUAUAAAUGCCUUCCUUGUUGAUCACGUAGGCCGCGUGAAAAUGCUCCUUGGAGGCUUCGCGGGCUGCAUUGUUGCUCUCAUAGGAGAAUGUAUUACCAUGUCCGUCUUUGAGAAGACGAACCAUCGAGGAGCUGCAUCAGGCGCAGUCUUUUUCCUCUUCCUCCACGUCACCAUUUUUACUCUCUGCUGCGAUGCCACGUCCUACGUUUAUGCAUCCGAGAUCUUCCCUACCCCAGUUCGAGCAAAAGGCCUUUCAAUCUCUGUGUCUGGCCUCUUUUUCGCCACAAUCAUCUUCACUACAGCUGCACCUACGGCAUUUGCUGCGAUUGGGUGGAAGUUCUAUCUGGUAUUUAUUGGUACCACUUCAAUCAUCAUUGCAUACGCCUAUGCGACAUUUCCCGAGACCUCUAAAAUGUCGCUUGAAGAUAUUCAAGAACUCUUUGGGGAUCCAAUUGAGGGCAUGCCUACAGAAGUUGCUAAACAAGAGACUGUCCACCACCUUGGCAAGGACGAUGAGAAGAAAAGCAUUAACGUUGGAGAACUCAGAAAGGCAUGGUAUACUGCUAAGGUCGGCUGGCCGCCAAGCAAACAGCUUGUGGAGACCUUACAGCUCCGUAUCAAGAUUCUAGAAGAUCAACUCGUUGCACUGGGUCAAACAAUUCCUGCCUUGGAAAAAAGUCCUAGAGGAGCUGAUCGAAUUGUUGAAAACAAGCCCAAGCCGGACCAAGUAACUGCAGAUGAGACAGAAGACUUGCUCGAGCAAAUCACAAAGAAAUGCGGCUCUCUUGCACUAGAUGAUGAUGGCGAGCUUCGAUUCUUCAGCUCACAGAGCAACUUGAACUUGGUCCAUAAAGCGGGAUUUGGUUUAGGGGAGCUGGCCAAGCCAGCUUCGUGUGGCGGAAUCCGCCUAAGUCAGGCAGUCACGUUGCCACUGGAACUACAAGAACAUCUUCUUGAACUAUAUUUCUGUUGGCAGAACCCGUGGGUAUACAUUGUUGAGAAAUCUGUCUUUAUGAGGGACUGGCAAAGUGACAUGGCCACCGAGUAUUGUACACCGUUGCUUCUUUGGGCUAUAUACUCUGUGGCUGCAAGAUACUCGGACCGUCCAUGCCUACGAACACACCCUGACGACCCUGCAACGGCAGGCAUCCAGUUCGCCGUGCACGCCAAAGACCUUCUACGAUAUGAGUGCGAAGUCACAACAAUCUCUGCCGUCCAGGCCGCCGCACUUCUCUCGAUACAGUGCAUGGCAGAAAACAAAGAACCAGCUGGUUGGCUUUAUAUUGGUAUGGCAACUCGCAUGGCCUUCAAUCUUGGCCUCAACCUUGACUGCACUGACUUGGUGAAAUCUGGUCUUAUCUCCAAAGAGGCUGCGAAUGAUGCUUCUGAAUACGAGCCCUGGGCCCCUACAGCCGAUAUACCGCGGCAGGUGCCCAUGUCUUGCUCAAGGAUACCUUCUAUUGCGAAUUGUAUGUCUGACCAUCUGAGUCUUAUCGUCUCAACAUUGGAUAUUAUCUAUGCCCCCAAAAGUGUUUUAUCUGCUACAGAAUUGCAUAAUCUCGUCUCGAAAACAGACCUCGAGCGUUUUAUCACUGUUGGGACUGUCUCUCAUACUUUCACAGCCGCUACAAUCCAUCUCAUGGAUGCAGUUUCUAGCCAACCUUUUAUUCGGCGAGGUGGUAACUCGAAACUUCGUCUAUGUUUCUCGGCUCUACAGGAAAUGGGGACUCUAUGGACGUGGAGCUUUAGGGCCUGUCGAGCAAUUCAACUACUCGCGGCGUCCUGGGCAACUCAUGAUCUUGAUCUGAAAAGCUUGGGGGUUAAGGGCCCACAAGGUAAUGGGCCAUUAUCAGAAGAACACGUUCAACUAGCUUCGGCUCAGUUCAACCCCCAGAGCGCGUCUAACGUGGAUCACGAAGAUCUACAAUGGCUGCUGACUGAUCAGAGUUUCAUGGGUGAUCCAUUUGGGGAUGGGUCUAUCUGCUCCUUUGCCGAUUUGUUCGACCUUGAUCCUUGGUUGGCGAAAGAUCCUUGUGUUAUCUGA